AUGAUGGAACCAUUAUCACACGGAGAAUUUAAAUGGAUAGACGUCGAUUGUUUUGACGUCAUGUCGGUACCGAUAGAGUCCGACGUCGGUUACAUUUUAGAGAUUGACCUUGCGUAUCCACAAAACUUGCAUAACUCUCAUGUCAAUCUUCCGUUCUGUCCUACGAGAGAACGACCUCCUGGAGGAAAACGAUACGAAAAACUUUUGGCAACGCUGUACGAUAAGGAGCGUUACGUCAUUCAUUAUCGCAAUUUGCAGCAAUGCAUUCGACAUGGUUUGGUCGUGACGAAAAUUCAUCGGAUAUUAAAAUUUGCACAAUUUCAAUGGCUUCGAGGAUAUAUAGAACUAAAUACGCGAUUUAGAAUGUCUUCGAAUAACGAUUUCGAGAGAAAUCUUUACAAAUUGAUGAAUAAUGCGGUAUUCGGAAGAACAAUGGAGAACGUACGCGAUUAUAAAGACAUCCGACUUAUAACACACUGGGAUGGAAGAUACGGUUUAGAAGCAAUGAUAGCGAAACCGAAUUUUUGCAGUAGAAGUAUCUUUUCCGAAAAUCUGGUAGCCGUUGAGUUGCGUAAACUCGAAGUAACGUUGAACAAACCGAUAUACGUUGGUAUGUGUAUUCUUGAAAUAUCCAAGAUUCGUUUGUAUGAAUUUCAUUACGAGUACAUGAUGCCGUUGUAUCACGAUAGGUGCACGAUCCUAUACACGGACAAGGACAGUUUGAUUUAUUUUUUGAAGUGCGACAAUGUAUAUGAGGAUAUCAAGUGUAAUAUCACGAAAUUUGACACGAGCGAUUAUUCCGAGGAUAAUACAAAGAGGCACAGUCAAUUUACUUGCUGCUGCCUGAAUUUACGCAACUCCGAUUUGGCCAAAAGGAGCACGGAAAGUGGAAAGGGAAGAAGAUUGCAUUCGGUUCUUCACUUCCCGUUGUCUAUCAUUUCCCAAUUAAACUUGAGGAUGGACGACUCUAACGUGGCAUCCAUGGAGGAGAUCUUGGAGUCCCAGAUGUCAACGCGGGAAUUAAUUGAGAGGAUCAUCCCGAAUUUCAAUAAAUUAGGAAAGGCGAAGAAAACCGUCACCGCUGCGCGCAGCCGCCUCAUCACUCUCAAGGGCUACUGGUCUUCUCUCCAGGAAAAUCAUGCUCGGCUCUGCGCGGGGAUGGAGAAGGAGUCUCGCAAGUCACAUGAGUAUUUUUCGAAUAAUGUAUUUUUUGCGGUUAGCGAUUUAGUUGAGGAGGUAUCAGAUACCUUGAACGAUUGGAUUGAGAGAGCGCAGCAUGGUGCUACCUCCGUAGCGUUCGACGAUUCGAGUCAUAGUUUUGAAACAAAGACGGUACCAAUAAAACUACCUAGAAUUGAGUUGCCUAAAUUCUCGGGAGAGCUCACAAGGUGGGAAAAUUUUCGUGACGUAUUCGAGUCUCUCGUCGCUAGUAGACCCGAGCUGUCUAAUGUACAAAAGCUGCACUAUCUCAAGGCCAAUCUAACCGGCGAAGCUGGUCGCAUUCUAUCGACGACCAACGUCACGGAUGCGAAUUAUCAUGCCGCGUGGGAGUUAGUUAAGGAUCGCUAUGAUAAUCCUCGCGCGAUAGUGAAUGCUCAUCUACAAACACUUAUCGAUAUUCCGCUCGCGAAACCUAACUCCGCACCAGAUUUAAAAAUUAUUCGCGACCGAACAGGCGAAAUUAGAACGGCUUUGCUUAAUUUAAAGAGGCCAGUGGACAACUGGGAAGACUUGUUCGUUUUUAUUACGGUUUCUAAGCUUGAUAAGGUCACCCGACAAGACUGGGAGAUAUCUUUAGGAGAAAAUGUGGAGCUGCCGAGUUAUUUAAAAUUAGAUAGUUUUCUUACUUCGAGAAUUCGUGCAUUAGAAGCGACCAACCCAAACAAUACACUCGGGAGCAUUAACAAGUCCCAUAGUUUAAAAUCACAUCAAGCAGCGACCUUUAGACAUUGUUUACUUUGUGAAGGAGAUCAUUUCUUAAAUCAAUGCAAAAAAUUUCUUAAUCAAAGUAUCGAUCAACGAUUGGAAUUCGUUCGCUCACAUAAAUGUUGCUUCAAUUGCCUUAGGAAAGGGCACUUUCCGCGAGACUGUAAAAGUAAGCACGUGUGCAAUCUGUGUAAACGUAAACAUCACACGCUAAUACACAAAGAGAAUUUCGUAGCCGAGAGUUGCGGGAAAUCUGAAGCCGCGGGAACGACGGCCGGUGCAACCGCUCUUGCUGCGUCAAAUUCCGAGCAAAACAAGUCAGCUUCGGCCGAGGUAUCGAAUAAUUACGCAAGUCAAUCUAUUAAUAGUACAGCCAAUAUUGUCAUAUUGCCUACAGCACUCGUUAUUAUUAAGAGCACCUCAGGACAUUCUGUACGUGUAAGGGCCUUGUUGGACCAGGGAUCUCAGGCAUCCUUUAUUUCUAGGUCUGUCGUGCAGACAAUCAGAGCAGACCGAAAAUCUGUUUCUGUUAAUGUUUCUGGUAUUGCCGGAUCUAAAGCGGGCAUCGUGAAAAGCAUUGCAUCCUUUUUUGUCGAACCAUGUAAUCACGGGGGUCCUGUCCUCUCUAUAUCUGCUCUCGUAAUGCCCAAAUUAACGUCUUAUACUCCAAGGUCAGUCUCUCUUGUCAAGGAUUUCUCUUAUUUGAAAACAUUGACGUUAGCCGAUCCGGAGAUUUCUAGUAAGAGACCGAUCGAUCUUAUUAUAGGCGCAGACUAUUUCGGUGAAAUCUUGCGCGAUGGGCUCAUUCGCGGGUCAUCAUGUAACCCCACCGCUCAGCUUACAAUCUUUGGCUGGAUUCUCUCUGGCCAAACUCAGUGUAUAAAUAACGAUGCUUCGCAUCUUACAGUACACCAUAUCCAAACGGUCGACGAUUUAAACGAAUCCCUCCGAUAUUUUUGGGAACUUGAGGAAAUUCCAAGCCGCCCCCUCUCCUCGGAGGAGGACGAGCGGUGCGAAGCCCACUUCCUUUCUACACAUUAUAGACAACCUGACGGACGAUACGUUGUUAGGUUACCCUUUAAAUCAGAAAUUCCCGUUCCAAUCGGCGAAACGGAAAAUAUCGCUAAACGUAUUUUUCUGUCUAAUGAAAAUAGACUUAAAAAUCAAGCGGAGCUGUUAAAGGCUUAUUCUGUGUUCAUGGCUGAAUAUGAAAGUCUCCAUCACAUGGAAAGGGUCGAGUCAGACGAUAAUAAUACUCGUCAAAAGAUUUAUUUACCGCAUCACCCCGUUUUUAAAAAAUCUGAUCAAGCUGCUAAAAUUCGCGUAGUCUUUAAUGCAUCUCGCGCCUCGUCGAAUCACUCUACGCUAAAUGAUCACUUGCUGGUUGGUCCCAAACUUCAAGCAGAUAUUUUUGCUCUUAUUUUGAAAUGGCGUUCUCAUAAAUAUGUAUAUUCGACCGACAUUGAGAAAAUGUUUAGACAAAUUCGCAUGCAUUCAUCGGAUGUUGAUUAUCAACGCAUCUUUUGGAGAGACAAGCCAACAUCAAUUUUAAACUCUUAUCGCCUCCUGACGGUGACUUAUGGGACUGCUCCAGCUCCCUUUUUGGCCAAUCGCGUUAUAAAACAGCUCUCUCGCGACGAGUCACGCAGAUUUCCCCUCGCUGCUCCAGUGCUGGAAAGUGAAGUAUAUGUUGACGACAUAAUGUUCGGAGCAGAGGAUCUUGUGCUGUUAAAACAAACACGCGAUCAGGUUAAACAGAUGCUCAUGGCGGGUGGUUUCAAACCACAUAAAUGGGCAAGCAAUGAUCCUCGACUAAUGGAUGAUAUCCCUGAGGCGGAACAAGCACUGCGCGUAAACAAAACUUUUGACUGUACGACUAGUUUAAAAAUUCUUGGCAUCUCGUGGAAUCCCUGUGAAGACGAAUUUAGAGUGCAGAUUCGAUCAGAGAAUCCUUUGAUUUUUACGAAACGAUCAUUUCUUUCUUUGAUAGCACGGAUCUUCGAUCCCUUGGGGUGGGUGGCUCCUGCGACCAUAACAGCCAAAAUACUCAUACAAUUACUUUGGCUAAAUAGGGUGGAGUGGGACACACCCCUCACUGGUGAUUUAUUAUCCAAAUGCCAAUUGUUCACUUCUCAAUUAGCGGGCUUAGGUAACGUGUCGAUCCCCCGUUGGACAAAACUAGGGGAUGAACCUCAAGCAGUCGAGCUUCACGGUUUUUCAGAUGCGUCGAACGCUGCUUACGCCGCAGUCGUUUACCUGCGAGUUGAAUCUCUUGUGGGCCAACGACAAGUAUCUCUUAUGUAUGCAAAAACCAAAGUUGCCCCUCUCAAGGUAUUAAGCGUGCCCAGACUAGAACUGUGCGCCGCUGUUCUGCUCACAAGGUCCUUGGAUUUCGUGCAAAAGGCUAUGAAACUGGUGAACGUGCCGACGUUCUGUUGGACCGAUUCAUCAGUCGUUUUAGCAUGGCUAAACGCGACUCCUUCUCGCUGGAAAACCUUCGUAGCCAAUCGAGUCUCAGAGAUUCACUCCACUUUGCCGAACGCUGCUUGGAAACACGUUCCAACGGCAAUGAAUCCCGCCGAUUGUGCCUCUCGCGGCAUGUCCGCUUCUGAUUUAAUUCAGCACAGCCUAUGGUGGCAAGGUCCCACUUGGUUGUGGUGUCCCGCCACUGAAUGGCCUGACAGUAAAAGGCCCCUUGAAUCAAACGCUGAUUUAGAACGGCGUAUUGACAACCACGUACACUUUGCAAUGGACGGUGCUCAGAAAUUAGCAUGGUCGCUUCCGUAUGAAGUAUCGACGUGGUCACGACUAUUACGCAUAACUGCAUAUGUACGUAGAUUCAUUUUUAACACCCGUUAUACUUCGCGGCGUUUUGGUGAGAAAUGGACAACGGCUGAUGAAAUCUUUCACACGAAGAAUUUUUGGCUUAAACAAGCACAAGAAUUGAAUUUUGGAAAGGAAAUUACAUUAUUAAGAAAUGAUCUACCCCUGAAGAGCAGAAGUCCUAUCAUGUCAUUAAAUCCCCGGUUAGAUGAAGAAGGACUGCUGCGCGUGGGCGGACGGAUACGUCGCUCUAAUCUUCCUGUAACUGCGAAACAUCCGGUUAUAUUGCCAAAGGGCCGAAUAGCGGAUUUAAUCAUUCAAUUUACUCAUGUAAGCGUCCUUCACGGAGGAUUGCAAUUGACGUUACGUACGCUACGACAAAAAUAUUGGAUCUUACACGCACGCAGCUCUGUAAAGAAUUGUAUACGUAACUGUGUUACUUGCGCUAAACAGCGUGCAUCUCUUUCCUUCCAGCGAAUGGGCGAUCUCCCCGAGCAGCGCGUCACGCCUUCGCGACCAUUCGAACAUGCCGGCCUUGAUUACGCAGGUCCCUUUAAUAUUCGCUCUGCCAAAGGGCGAGGACAAAAAUCUCAUAAAUCAUACUGUGCGUUGUUUAUCUGCCUCUCAACGCGUGCGAUACAUUUAGAGGUAGUCGAUGAUUAUACGACACAGAGUUUUAUUGCCGCGUUCGACAGAUUUAUUGCUCGGAGAGGUCUCCCUUCGGCCAUAUAUAGCGAUAAUGGCACAAAUUUUAAAGGAGCCGCAAAGGAAUUAAGAAAACAAUUCCUUGCGGUCAUUCGAGACCCAAACGUACAGGAUCGACUUGCGUUAGAUGAAGUAAAAUGGAGCUUUAUUCCCCCUGCCGCCCCCCAGUUCGGUGGUCUGUGGGAAGCUGGUGUGAAGAGCGUCAAAUUUCACCUCAAAAGAAUAAUCGGAGAAUUUACUCCCACUUUUGAGGAGUUCACUACGUUAUUGUGUAAAAUAGAGUGCUGUUUGAACUCAAGGCCAAUUGCGCCACUGUUCGAUGAUGUGGAAAGUUUUGACGCCUUGACGCCAGGUCAUUUUUUAGUAGGCUCACAUUUAAAAUCCGUCCCUGCACCGAGCGUCUUAGAUUUAACCGCUAAUCGGCUUUCGCGAUGGCAGGCAGUUCAACAAAUGUUUGAAAGCUUUUGGAAGGUCUGGUCAGCUGACUACUUAAACACUCUGCAACAACGCAGAAAAUGGAAAAGUAUUCAGCCUAAUAUCAAAAUCGGCGAUCUGGUAUUACUACGCAAUCCGAAUCUGCCUCCCACAAAAUGGGAUUUGUGUCGGGUGAUUGAAUGUCACGCCGGUGAUGAUAAGUUAAUACGAGUAGCCACAAUCAAGACCGCUAAAUCUAUACUUAAAAGACCAGUUACUCAAUUGUGCAAACUGCCUGUUGAAUCGUCUACGCAUCUAGCUAUUCAAUAA